AGAGGGGAAAUAAUAUCAAAGUCAACUAAUGCAAUAUUGUUUUCUCUUUCUCUCUUGUAAAUAUUAUUUUAAUUGUGUUCUGGCUCAAGACAAAGUAUAACCUACAGGGGUGAUUGCCUGACUAAAUUAUGGAUGACAAGCAACAAAAGAUGUGCACAACGCUGCACUGUGCUCACAUAGAAAAUGCAAAAAUGUAUUGUUCCAAAAAUCAUCAGUUCUGUUUUCUUUCUUCACUUUUGAGAAAGUGGAAGCAGAAAACAGUUAGAAGCAAGCAGUUCAGACAAUAAUUUGGAACAAAAUCACUCACCAUUUCUCUCUCUCCCAGUCACUCACUGGGAGAUGAUUUUUAACAACUUUUGAACUCCAGGCCACAGUGGAGGUUAAAUAUUCCUGAUGGAUAUUCUUAGUUAAGUGUCUGUCACUACAGUAUCAGCAGAAAGGUGAAAGGUGUGGUUCACAGACAUGCUGAGGGUUUCAACCAGCAAUGAUAGACACCUGUGUGUCAUUACCUGCUCAGUCUGGGAUUGGCUUCAGAGUAUUUCCUGUUUCAUAUUUAACAAGCGCUCUGAGCAAGGAGGAUAAUGGUUCAACUGACAAGCAAAAUGGCUACUUGGGGUUUUGUAAGCCAGUUGCUCCUCAUUGCACUGUUAAGCUGGAAUGUCCAUUGCUUUCCUGCUAAAAAUGCGUGGAGCUGGAACCAGCAUAAUCCUGAUGGGAGCGGUCUCUCAAACAUGGAGGGGAAUCCCGACCUCGGUUAUAGCUCUCCCCCUCCUAAUUUUCCUCCUCCACCCAAUGAUCCAAAUGAUCCUGCUGUUUCAUUCCUGUAUGAUGGACCAACAGAGGGAGACUAUUCUCCUUCUGGAACCUAUCCAGCAAGCUUCACUUCAACUCCAGACAUGUACGGUAUGACAUCUGCUUUGGGUCCUAUGGAAGAGUCUGCAGCUACCUACUUGACAUCUGGAACAUCUCAGCCCCAGCCUCAUAUUGGCUUUCCUCCCCGUCCACCUGUGUUUCAGGCGGGUGAGCUUGAUCGCUUUGAAGGCAGUAGUGUGCAUGGUAACUUAGAAAAGGAAACCGAGGAGAUGGGUUUUGUGCCACCUCUUCCAUAUCCAGAACCUCCCUUUAAGGGUGGUGAGUUAAGCAACUAUGCAUCCACGUUUGAGCAUGGAAAUACGGAAAGGGAAACGGAAGAUCAAGGUUUCACGCCAGGUCCUCCUCAUAUGUCAGCUCAGCUGUCAAGUGCUUUCUCACCUGAAGGAGACUUCAUGCAGCCAUUUUCACAGCCCCUGGAACCAUUUGGACCAAACCUGUUUGACCUCUUCCUGAGUGGUCAGCAUCCUCCUGGUACACUGUCACACUUCCAGACAGAAUAUGAAAACGGUGGAGAUCAUCAGGAUGAUGUCCAUUAUGAGAGAUACAACUUCCCUGAUUAUCAAACCCUGGUUCCCAGUGAUGGAUUCCUGCAACAGCCCCAGAAGUUUCCCAAGUUUUCUGUGGUUUAACCAGGCUUCACGUUUUUCAAACAACGUGAAGCAGUUCAGGGUAAAGGCAGGUCUACUAAUCCAUGCAGUUUACUCUAUUAUGUCAUUUGACUUCUGUUCAAGUUGCUUGACUUAAAUUUCAAUAAAAAGCUAAAUGAACACACUGUUUA